AUGUUUGCGAUUGAUUCUACAAAACUUGAAGACGCUAAGAAAAGUGCUUGUGAGAGUGAGAAUGGUUCAAGAAAACUUGAAGAGGGGAGGAAAAAUCCUCUGAAAUUCAUCUUGAAGAUCAAGAUCAAACCAUCCAGGGAAUCUUGUAAAUUGGAAGAUCAGAAGGCAUUGUUCAAGGGCAAUGACGCUUCACAUGACAAGGUUCGUGAAAUUUUUCUUGAGGUGUUACAGAAAGUUGUUGGUGAAGUUGAUGGAGAAACUAAAGAGCGAGUAAAGGCUUGUGAUCCAAUUGGUGGUGUUGUGUCAAUUGAAACUGAGAUGUUUAAGAAGAUAGGACAGUACAAUGGGGCUAAAAAACUCAAGUACAAAUCAAUUAUGUUUCAACAUAAAGGAACCAAACAAUCCAGACUUGAGAAGGUGAAGCCUGAGAGACUAAAAUGGAUGAAUUUGGAAGAGAUGGCAAGUGAUGAAAAAUAA